UUUAUGUUUUAUGAGAGCGAUCUUGUUGUGUCGCGACGCGUCCGGUGCUCUUGCUGCUCUGAAUUUACCGGGCACCGCUCCUCAUCAGCGCGUCCAGCCAAUGACCACACGCGCUGCAUCCACAGCAGGAACUGCGCCCAACGCGCCGCCCGCGCGUCACCAGCGCAGACCUCACCAACACGCUCAGCUCGCCGCCUUCAUCGCGCCGAUAAGCGCUGACGGACGAAGCCGGAGGGGAGAGAUAUGGAGGGACAGACACUCUGACUUCCGAGGAACCCACUCGCAGGGGCGGAUGGACGAGAUAUUGCUCUCCUAACAGCAUCAUCAUGCUCCCUCGAAGUAUGAAGACGUCUGGAGUAGAGCUGCCGGGUGUGGGGCCAAGAGAGGUGCCCCUCAUCGGAUAUCGACCCCUACAGCCAGAUGUGGACGGCCAUAAGGAUCAGCUGUGGAAGGAGAAUGAAAACAGGGAGGCAGAUCACACACAGGGGGAGCCGUCCCCGAUGAAGACCACAUGGUACUGUCCACUGGACCUGUCCACUGUGUCCGAAAUGGAGGAAGACGGUAUCAUCUACACUGUGGUGGUAAAACAAGGACACAUUUCCCCCGCCGGCCUGCAGUCCACAGCAUCCCGCUCUCAGCAUGUCAAAGCAGGCACAGAGGAAAAGCUGGUCCUCCAUCUCCUUCAUUCCUUCUCCAUGGGUGACUCCUCCUUCAUCUCCAUCUUCCUCUCCACCUAUCGCUCGUUCACCUCCACCCAGAGAGUGCUGGACAUCCUGAUUGACAGGUUGGGAAAUCCUCCUGGGGAGAGCAAUAGUAACACUCGUCAGAUGUUCAACAAGGCGGUGUGUACGGUGUUCAGCACAUGGCUGAGUGACUAUCCCGAGGAUUUCCGCUCUCUGAACGAUCCCUCCUGCCUGCUGCGCUUGGCCCCCCUGCUUCCCACGGACACCUCGGGCGCAGAAAUCAAAGGCCGACUGCUGAGGAUCGCUGAGGAGUUGAGUGAAAAAACCCUGCUGUCCGGCUCGCUCUCAGAUCCUACCAAAGGUGUGACAUCUCCUGAUCCCUCGGAGUUUGAUGCCACCAGCAUCCUGGGGUUUCCAUCCAGUGUGAUUGCAGAGCAGCUGACCAGGAUUGAGACAGAUCUGUUUCUGAAGCUGGUGCCCUAUCACUGUCUGGGGUCUCUGUGGUCUCAGAGAGAUAAGAAGGGCCGGGAAGGAGCGUGUUGGUCGGUCAGAGCUACUAUCAAGCAGUUUAAUCGCUUAGCAAACGCUGUCACAGCCUCGUGCUUGUGGAACACGGCUCUGAAGAGCCAACAGAGGGCCAGACUGCUGGAGAAAUGGAUCAGCGUCGCAGAGGCCUGCAGAAGCAGGAAGAACUUCUCCUCACUGUACGCCAUUCUGUCAGCGCUGCAGAGCAACCCCAUCCACAGACUGAGAAAGACCUGGCAGGAAACAGACAGAGAAGCUGUGAGGAGAUACGAGGAACUUUCUGACAUCUUCUCUGAGAAAGACAACUACUCCCAGAGCCGCGAACUACUCAAAGAGGAGGGGACUUCCAAAUGUUCAAACCUUGACACUAAAAUCAACAACAGGAGAUUUACAGGGUCGUGCGCUCAGGGCACUGUGCCGUACCUGGGCAUCUUCCUCCGAGAUCUCACCAUGCUGGACACUGCAGUCAAAGACCGAUUAGAGAAUGGCUUCAUCAACUUCGAUAAAAGACGACGGGAGUUUGAAGUCAUUGCUCAAAUUCGGCUCCUUCAGUCCUCGUGUAGAAACAGCAUUUUCAGAACGGAUGAGACAUUUGUUCAGUGGUAUCAUAGCGUACCUACGCUGCGCGAAGAGGAAAGCUACAAGCUGUCCAAUCAGAUUGAAGCACCGGGCGAGCCGAGUCCUGGCCGUGGCCUGAAUCCUACAGUGAUCAUCACACAGUGUCCAGACGCUCUCUCAGCCGUGGCAAAUACGACAAUGGAUGCUGAUGGCAUAUUUGACUUCCCGUCUCCUGUUAAUCACCUGCUGUCCAGGCUUUACAAGGCUUGUGAUUAA